AUGACGGACGGAGGCAGGGCUGAGUGGUAUAAAAGAUCGGAGGAGGAGGCGGCGAUUGUCAAGCAGCCUAAUGAACAGGUUCGCGUCUGGGAGCGUGUAGAUGGGAUCGUCACGAGGUCGGAACCGGUGGAGAAGGAGCCGGAGGUGGUGGUCUCCCCUCGUCGGAACCCUGGGAAGGCGGUGGCUUGGUGCCGGAGGUGA